GAUGCGGGGAUACUGAGAACAGAAGGUGAGGGGUUAAGAGCUACCAGGAAGGCCAUUCUUAAGUAUUUGAGUGAAACAGGAUUGAUUGGAAGAAUUUAAAACAACGUAAACACAGUGGUAUAAUUCCACAAGUGGUGAUAGAAUGAUAUGGUGAUACACACUCUUGUACAGUAGGUGGCGGUAUGCACCUUAAAGUUGUUUGCAAUCCGCCAACAACCAAAAGAAGAAGAAGAAACACGCACCGGAAGUAAACAAACCACGCUCCGUUACAGUUGGUUCGCCGCUAUCGAUGAGUGGAGUAAACUAAGAUACGAUGUUAUAGUAGUUUCGCGGGAAAUACUACACUUAUAUUUAGGCAACAAUGUCUUCGGUUGAGUUUUUGAGAGAGUUUGUUAACGAGCGACUCUCUGCUGCUGCUGAAGAAAUAUUUGGAGUUUUUCAGAAAACCUUCGUCGAAUAUGAGGAGGAGAUCAGACGGCAGCGCAGACUGCUGGAUGUCGUUUGGAAACCGGAUAUACAAAUACCAAGGAUAGAGCUCCCACAGCAUCCUGUCUGUGAGGAGCAGGUUCUCUCUGAGGAGCAGCUCUGUAUUCAGGAGAGGAACUCCAGUCUGGACCAAGAGGACCCAGAGCCUCCACAGAUUAAAGAGGAGCAGGAGGAUCUGUGCACCAGUCCGGAGGGAGAGCAGCUUGGACUGGAGCAGGACACUGAUGCCUUCAUGUUGACUGCUACCGAGGAGGCAAGUGAGCACCAGCUCCUCUCUCACAACUCUCAUGUAGCUGAGAGCCAAGAUCAGGAAGGAGGCGAGCAAGACUCAGGAUCAACUAGCAGUGCAAAGCCAAAACCACAGAAUCAACACCGCAAACGUCACCAAAACAAAUUGUCAGAGAUGCACUGUGAUACUCGGCAAGACUCGGGAGAGUCUGCAAGAAAUGCAGAGCCAAAAAAACGGAAUCAACAUCCUGAAAGCAAAAGUCACCGUAACAAUGCAAACAACACUGAUUUGUUAGAGAUGCAAAGUGAUACGCACACAGGGAAACAGCCUUUAAAAUGUGACAAAUGUGAAAAAUAUUUUAAGUACAGGUCAUCACUGGAAAGACACCUGAUAAUUCACACCGGGGAGAAGCCAUAUUCCUGCAAUACGUGUGGGAAAAGAUUUACUCAGAAGUCAAAGUUGAACUAUCAUACAAAAACCCACAAAGGUGAGACGUCAUAUUCUUGCAAAAUUUGUGGAGAAAGUUUCAAAUACGAUCGCCUAUUAACAGUCCACAUCAAACAGGAGCAUUCAGCAUCUGUUGGAAAAGAUUUGACCGGCCACAAGUGUAAAAAAAAAUCGUAUUAGAAUCCACACAAGUGAGAAGCUGUGUGGAUUAUUUCCAAUACUACACAGCCCACAUGGAAACACACACAGGCGAAGAGCUUCCAAAGAUCAACGGGGAACAGGAGGAGCUGUGCACCAGUCAGGUGACUGGAUUGUUUAUUCAUUUUGAAUGCUUUCAGAAUGUUCUUUACACUUAAAAAAUAAACUUUACAGAGGAAUAUGAUGAUGAUAAAAAAACUCCAAUUGGACUAUGACUAAUACACUGGGGAAAAGGAACAUCUACAUGGAAGGAACUAUUUUCUGAAGAGACACCUGCUUGUUCACAGUGGAAUGUAACUGUACAUUUACUCAAGUAAUGUACUUAAGUAUAAUGUUGAGAUACUUGUACUUUACUUGAGUAUUACCAUUUUCUUAAAUGUUUAACUUCUACUCCUGUACAUCUCAACGUUUCUUUUUACUGCACUACAUUUAUUUGAGACUUAUAGUUAACAUAAAUUACAUGAUAAGGAACAUGUGUUCAUAUACACACUAUUAUUGUCCUUGGGAGUACACAAAGUCUUUUCUCCACAUUGAUGAAAUACAAUAUAAAAACAUUCUUAUGUUUUUGUUCAGGACAAAAACAGGAUAAUAUAAUCUCUGAUAACAGUUUAUAGAAGAGCGAUUCUGUACAAUGAGUACUAUUACUUUUGAUAUUUUAAGUACAUCUUAAUACGUUUGAACUCUAACGUAACAUUUUUAAUUCACAACUUUUUGUGUUUUGCAGCGAGUCAUCAUAGGCUAACAGAUGACUCAAUACACCAGAAUAGUUGUUAACUUUAAACAAACAACACGAUUCACAUUACUCACACUAUUACUGUGAUUAGUGAUUAAAUCAACAAUUAAUGUAGGACACCUAGUUGGGCUUGCCAACAUCACGCUACAGUUUCAUUAAACAAAUAAUCAAAUAUGCUAACAGUUUAUUUACCCGAAAGCUAUAGCUAACGAUUAAUUGUUUUUAGUGCCUUUAAUACGGUUAGAAGCUAACAGGUGAUUGUUUGUAUUGCCUUAAGAUGUAUCAGUCAUCAUAGUUAACGUUAGCUAAUCACACUUCAUUUCAAGAUACCGGAAUUGUUAUUCAUGUUAAACAAAUAAAACUUUAAAAGCACUUCCCAUUACUCACA